ACCAGACACCAGUCAGAACUAAAAAUUAAACCCUACCCUCCUCAGUUUCCAGCCACACUGUAACCUUCCAAGCCGUCAUUUCUUCCAAAUCCCCAUCAAUGGAGGAAGUCUGUGAAGGAAAAGACUUCUCCUUUCCUCUUCAGGAGGAAAAGAUUCUUGAAUACUGGAAUUCAAUCAAGGCUUUCGAAACUCAAUUAGCUAAAACCCAGAACAAUCCCGAGUACAUCUUCUACGAUGGCCCGCCCUUCGCCACGGGCCUGCCUCAUUACGGCCACAUCCUCGCCGGGACCAUCAAGGACAUCGUCACGCGCUAUCAGUCGAUGUUGGGGUUUCACGUGACGAGGAGAUUUGGGUGGGACUGCCAUGGGUUGCCGGUGGAGAAUGAAAUUGAUAAAAAUUUAGGAAUAAAGAGGAGAGCUGACGUUUUGGAGAUGGGAAUUGAUAAGUACAAUGAGGCUUGCAGAAGCAUUGUUACCAGAUAUGUGGAAGAGUGGGAGCAGGUGAUUACACGAACAGGUAGGUGGAUUGAUUUUAGAAAUGAUUACAAGACGAUGGACUUGAAGUUUAUGGAGAGCGUUUGGUGGGUGUUUGCACAGCUUUAUGAGAAGGGACUUGUUUAUAGAGGUUUUAAGGUCAUGCCAUACAGUACUGGCUGUAAGACGCCACUGUCUAACUUUGAAGCUGGUCAGAACUAUAAGGAUGUGCCUGAUCCUGAAUUAAUGGUGGCUUUUCCAAUUGUUGGAGAUCCAGACAAGGCAGCUUUUGUGGCUUGGACAACAACUCCUUGGACCCUUCCCAGUAAUCUUGCUCUCUGUGUUAAUGCUAAUUUUAAAUAUGUGAAGGUUCGAAACAAGUACACGGGAAAAAUCUAUGUGGUUGCUGAGUCUCGAUUGUCUGCACUGCCCAGUGAGAAGCCAAAGUCUAAUGUAGCAAGUGGACCAGCUGUUGAUUCCAAGAAAUCGAGUUCUAAGGUCAAGGGAUCCUUGGGUAAAAAGGCUCAAGAGGGAGAGUUAGCAGGAUCUGCACAUGAUAAUGAAUCUUAUGAAAAGCUAGGUGAAUUCUUUGGGGCUUCGCUGGUAGGAAUGAAGUAUGAACCAUUGUUCGAUUUUUUCAAGGAGUUAUCUGAUACAGCAUUUAGAGUUGUUGCAGACAGCUAUGUUACUGAUGACAGUGGUACUGGAGUUGUUCAUUGUGCCCCUGCAUUUGGUGAAGACGAUUACCGUGUUUGCAUAGAAAAUCAAAUAAUCAGUAAGGGAGAAAACCUGGUUGUAGCAGUUGAUGAUGAUGGCUACUUUAUUGAGAAAAUUACUGACUUUAGUGGGCAGUAUGUGAAGGAUGCUGAUAAGAAUAUUAUUGAAGCUGUGAAGGCAAAAGGCAGGCUUGUUAAGUCUGGAAGCUUUACCCAUUCUUAUCCCUUUUGUUGGAGAUCAGAUACUCCUCUUAUCUAUAGGGCUGUUCCGAGUUGGUUUGUUCAGGUAGAAACAUUGAAAGAGCAAUUGUUAGAGAACAACAAGCAGACAUAUUGGGUUCCUGACUAUGUGAAGAUAUAG